CUCGAGACUGACGCAGUCUCUUUUUGAAAAGUCUGGAUAAGUAGAAUAUAUAUUUCUAUAUAUUUCUGUAAGGACUAUACCGGAGAGCAGAGAUGGUAUGCGGCGGAUUUAUUUGCACCAAGAACGCACUGAGCGCUCUUAAUAUACUUUAUGUUUUGGUGAGUCUGCUGCUGAUUGGAGUGGCGGCCUGGGGGAAAUGGUUCGACCUGGUCUCCAGCAUCAGGGUGGUGGCAGGCGUCAUCGGCGUGGGCGUCUUCCUGUUCCUGGUUGCCUUUGUGGGACUGUGGGGUGCUCUGAAGCACCACCAGGUCCUGCUCUUCUUCUACAUGAUAAUCCUGUUUAUAGUGUUUGUCAUGCAGUUUUCUGUGUCCUGUGCUUGUCUGUCCCUGAAUGAAGACCAACAGAACCAUCUGCUGUAUAUCGGAUGGAACAAAUCUGAGGCCACUCAAAGGGACGUAGAAAAAACCCUCAACUGCUGUGGCUUCGCUUCUCUUCCCAUCAACGACUCAUGUGCUGCUAGUUGCUCUCAGAGCCAUCCAGGUUGUUACACGUGCUCGACCACCAUCCAGCAGUUUGCGGGAGAGGUGCUACGGUUUGUGGGCGGUAUCGGACUCUUCUUCAGCUUUACAGAGAUCCUUGGCGUUUGGCUCGCCCACAGAUACAGAAAUCUCAAAGAUCCUCGCUCAAAUCCUGGAGCCUUUCUAUAACCACUCACGACUUGAUAAAGCCCCAAAAUGGACUACUGAACAAUUGUUUUUCCACAUAACUUAGUAAAUCAAACUUAUCUGGACAUUUGUAAGCUUUAAAGUUAGACAGUAAUUUUUGCUGUGUUAUAUUAUUUAGUUUUUCUUUUCAGGAGUAGUUCAAGAAUUAGGGAAAUAAGCUUGUUCUUUGAAACAAAGAAAAAACGUGCUUUUUCUUAAGGUGAAACUUGAUGCAUGUAAGCGUUGCCUCUUUAAUUCUAAUCUGUCUCAGUGUGAUAGACGUUAACAGCAGCUGUGUAUGCUCACCAUGCGCACACACACACACACACACACACACCUUAUGCAAAUAAAGUGCAGGUUAGCAACAUGAUGGCUGGAUGACUGAGCUCAGCACUCCCAGGCUAACCACGCAUGGGUGACCACAUACUUUGUGUUUUGCAGACAGUGGAUUUGGAUGUUGGGUGUCUUUUAAAGAUUAAAUCAAAUGAAUUAGAUUAAAGUCAAACCUGUUGAAGUUUGAUAGACAUACUGCAAUGAAACCAGGUUUUUGUGUUAUGUGUAUUUAUUGCUCUUUGUUUCCUGUUUAAAACGCAUCUUAUGAAUUCAUGCUAAAUAAUGUUUCAUCAUGUGAAUUGUCAAAUUUUCUGUCCAAAAAUAAACAUGCAGUA